AUGCUUCUUCUGCCUGUGCCAGUGCCUGCACCUCAAUAUUUUAGGCACAUGCCAGUCAUGUCCGCUGGAUAUUUUAUAAGAGCAGCUUUGGCUGCUUAUGAAGAACGCGAAAUGCCAAGGCUUAAAAAAGAAAAUCCUGGUUUACGUUAUACACAAUUGAAUGAACUUUUAUUUAAAAAUUUUCAGAAAUCGCCAGAAAACCCCUUCAAUCAAGCAAAUAUUAUUCAGUAUAAUAGUUCUAGAGAAGAGCAAAAGAAUUUAAUCGAGACGACUAUAAAAAAUGUCGAAGAUCGAUUAAGGAUUUGA